AUGAUUACCCCACGUAAAGCUAGUUCGAUUCCUAUAAUCAAAUAUACGCGCAUAACCAUGGAAGAGCCGAAGAAAAUAGUAAACUGUUUUUAUGAGAGGCAAUUUAAAUUUUUUAAGUUUUUAGGUCUUUUCGGCUUGCCGCCGAAUUAUUCAAGAUUUUGUCAGAUAUUAUUUAAAUUAUACUUUUGGCAUGUGACCGUUGUUUGGAUGUUGCUUUUCGAUAUCAGCAUGUGGGUUAAAGUGAUUGGCAACAUAACCGAUUUGAAUGAGAUAGUAAACGUGUUUUAUAUAUGCUCAAUGGCUAUUGCGGUAAUGGCCAAAUUUGUGCAUAUUCGAAAGAAAAAUAGCCGAUAUGUAGCGUUUUUCGCGCGAAUGCAUAACGAUGACCUAUUACCAGCCAACCCCUCAGAGUUGAAGAAGUUCAUCAAAUCAGUUCACUUAAGUUGUGCAGUGCGGAAUUGUUAUAUGGGUCUCUCGUUGACAUCAUUAGCUUUGGUGUUCGUGCCGAAACUGAUAUCGGAUCCUGGCGAGUUACCACUUUCAAUUUAUAUACCGUUAAAUGUGGAGCACACAUUAUGUUUUUUGGUAGCUUAUAUUUUCCAGUUUGUUGGACUAUCGUUGUGCUGCUUUCUGAACAUAGCAUUUGACUCAUUAAGUGCGUCUUUCUUCAUAUAUCUGAAAGGUCAAUUGGACAUUUUAUCAAAUCGUCUGGAAAAUAUCGGCAAAUUUCAGAACAUAACACAGGACGUCAUUACUUUACAGUUAAAAGAAUGCAUUCGAUACUACGCUAAGCUACGAUAUAUUACCGACAUUAUGGAAGAUCUUCUAUGCAUUCCAAUGUCCGUACAAGUGAUCAGCUCGGUCCUGGUACUUGUAGCUAAUUUCUACGCAAUGACGUUUUUAACCGAUCCCAGUGAUUAUGGAACUUUUAUGAAAUUUCUUGUGUACCAGCUUUGCAUGUUAUCCCAAAUAUUCAUGCUAUGUUAUUUUGCCAACGAGGUCUCACUCAGAAGUGCACAGCUUUCGUACGCUUUGUACUCAUCAGAGUGGACUCACUGUAACCAAAUCAAUCGACGGUUGAUGAUGCUAAUGAUGGCCCAAUUUGAUGUACCAAUUCGAAUUAAAACUAUCAAUCGUUGCUACUCUUUCAAUUUGCCAGCUUUCACCUCGAUAAUCAACUCAUCAUAUAGUUAUUACGCUCUAUUGAAAAAUAUGAAAGAUUAA